UCUUCUCUUCUCUUCUCUUCUCUUCUCUCUCUCUCUCUCCUUCAAACUCUCCUCCAUUCCUCUUUCUAUCUCUCUCCCCAAAAUCCUCUGAAUCCUCUUUCUAUCUCUCUCCAUCUUAGUAGUCACUCUCACUCUUAUUCUCCUCCUCCAUACCAGGAAAGAUUCAAAGAAAUGACAUCUUCAUCGGUGAUUAUGAAUUUAGAUUCAACAACAAAUUCAUCAUCACCAGAAUCAUCAAGAAAGAAGCGAAAAAGGAAAAACCUGAAUUCAUCAUCAUCAAUUUCUCUAUACAAUCAGAAACAAUUAAUCCAAACAAACAAAUGGAAAUCAGAAUCAAAACAACGGAUCUACUCAACUAAACUUCUCGAAGCUCUUCAUCGUGUUCGCAACACUUCGUCUUCUUCAUCAUCAUCAUCUCUGCCGCGGGGUGGGAGAGCUGUUCGUGAAGCGGCUGAUCGAGCUUUAGCAUUUGAAGCUAAAGGAAAAACAAGAUGGAGCCGAGCGAUACUUACAAGCCGGAUUAAAUUGAAAUUAAAGAAAGUUAAUAAACCUAGAUUAGUAGUUGGUAAUGAGAAUUCAAAGAAGAAACCGGCGAUUAAAGUGCCGGCGAGAGUGAAUACUAAAGUACCGGUUUUACAGAAAAAGGUUCGUGUUCUUGGACGGUUAGUACCGGGUUGUAGAAAGGUAUCGUUCCCGGAUUUACUUGAAGAAGCUACCGAUUAUAUUGCCGCUAUGGAAAUGCAAGUUAAAGCUAUGACUGCUUUGGCUGAGCUUUUAUCUGGACUAGGGUCCACCACCUCCACCUCUACCUCCUCCUCAGCCACCACCACCACCAAUAACAACAACAAUCAGGUCUAUCACCACCAGCCAACGACUAGUCUAGCUGGCGCCGAGUCUUUUGAUGUCAUGCCAGGUGUUGUUCUUGGCAACCCUCCUCCUAUUUAGAUUUUAUUUUUCCUUUUUAUUUAUUUUUUUUUAUUAAAUUUUUUAAUUGAAAAUUUUAAUCCCAAUGUACUUAUUGUAUACAUUUUCUUGAUCUUUUCUUUUUUCUUCUUCUUUUCCGAAGCAUCAUUUUUUACAUGGUAAUUUAUUUUUCACCA